GCUGCAAUAACUGUUUAGUUUGGAUUAUUUCCGAAGCGCGGACAUCAUCAUGCCGUCUCUGCGACACUCCUACACGGUGACCGUCCCGGGUCACCCCUUACUGGAUGAACCGGAGCUGCGGCAGAAGCAGCUGUCCCGAUCCAUGCUGGUGUCUACCUUCAUGGGGCUGAUCAUCAACCCGGCCAAGAGCAAGAGUCCACAGGGCCUGGUGGGUUUAAAGAACCUGGGCAACACGUGUUUCAUGAACUCCAUUAUUCAGUGUCUGAGUAACACUUCUGAGCUGAGAGACUACUGCCUGAGGAACAUCCACCUCAUGGACCUCAACAAGAGGAGCAACACAGCCCUCAUGAAAGAGUUUGCAAAGCUGACUCAGAAUCUCUGGAUGUCUGCAAACAAUGAGGCCAUCAGUCCCUCUGAAUUCAGAAAUCAGAUCCAGAAAUUUGCCCCCAAAUUUGUUGGCUCCAAUCAGCAAGACGCCCAGGAGUUCCUGCGAUUCCUAUUGGACGGUCUCCACAGUGAGGUAAACAGGGUGACGAUCGGGCGAAAGGCGUCCAUGGAGGACAUUGAUCACCUCGCUGAUGACGAUAAAGCCAGAAGGAUGUGGAACAUGUACCUGGAGAGAGAGGACAGUAAAGUUGUGGACCUGUUUGCUGGGCAGCUAAAAAGCUCUCUGACCUGCACAGUCUGUGGCUUCCGGUCCACCGUGUUUGAGCCGUUCUGGGAUCUGUCCGUACCUAUCGCACAGAAGAGCUCUGGGGAAGUGACGCUAAAAGAAUGCUUGAGACUUUUCACAAGAGAAGAUGUGCUUGACGGAGAAGAACGACCGACGUGCAACAAGUGCAAAGCCAGAAGAAAAUGUACAAAGAGGUUCAGCAUCCAGCAGUUCCCACAGAUUCUAGUGCUUCACCUGAAGCGUUUCUCAGACACAAAGGUCAGAGCGAGCAAACUUUCCACCUACGUUGACUUUCCUCUCAAAGAUCUGGACCUACGAGAGUUUUCAGCGCCUGGCGGCGAGCGUCCUGUAUACAACCUGUAUGCCGUUUCCAACCACAUCGGGAGCACCCUGGGAGGCCAUUACACAGCCUACUGCAGGAACCCUGUACUGGGAGAGUGGUACAGCUACAAUGACUCCAGGGUGAGCCCCAUGUCCUCCAGCCAGGUGCGCAGCAGCAACGCUUAUGUUCUUUUCUACGAGCUGUCCAGCUCCUCGCACGGGAAAUACCAGACGUGUCGGCUGUAGAUGGUGAAACAGAGAAAUGGACUGCAUUCGACUGAGCCUUAAAACAUGGACGCUUCUUUCAGAGAGAGAAAUAGCUCCAUCUAGUGGAGCUAUAUAUCUAAAGAAGGAGCAAAAAGCCGAUAUGUUGAAAUGACGAGCUGGAUGAACAGCAGAAAAUCAUAAACCCAGCUUCCGGAAAAGCUUCUCCAAAAGGGUCAAACUGAAGAAAAAGAUGUUUUUACAGACAUUUUUGUAACCCCUCCUUCUCUCUUUCUCUUUCAUUAUUUAUGAAUCAUCUUUAACAACAUAGUUGAAAAGAUCAAAUUUAUUAUAUUUAAUUAAUUAUACUGUUUUCAUUUAAUAUAUUUGACUCAAGUGAAGGUAAAAGGAUGUUUUUAAGUGAUAACGAUAAUAUUUUUGUACAGUAUUUAUGGACAGCAGAAUAAAUGAAAUGUGACUUAGGCUCUCAGCUGUGGAAGACAGCUGGUAUGAUGUUCCUGACUUUACAUCCAGAGUCUGUAAAUGAUUAAAACAUGUCACUAACUAA